AUGCACCCGUAUCGCCAGAACCAAUGCGGUGGGGCCCACCCAGACGCGAAGAUGAUGGCAAUGCAUCAGCAGCUGCAGCAGUGUCUGUACUAUCAACAGCAGCAGACCCAAGGCAUGUGGAAUCCAGGUGCGCAUCAGAUGUACUCUGGCGUGAACCCUAGCAUGCACAACCCCAACUUUAUCUCGCAGCAGUACCGCUACUUUGGCCAUGGAGGAGAUGGCGUGCGUCAAUACCAGCAGCGGCAGCAGCUUGGCCCUGGCAACAAUGUGAACCUCACUUCCCCGCAGAGACCAGAGUGGGCGGAGUCGCGCCCUGGCCGAACACCAUGCAAGAAGAGCUGGUGGUCACAUGUGGUGUCGCAAAUCCGCUUUGUCGACAGCCCGCGCGGCAUCGACCUUGACGUCGAGGACGAGCAUGCAAACGUGCCGGAGGAGCUGAAGCAAAUAGGGUCGAAGGCGGCGACGAAGAUGGACAAGGAAGCGGAAGCAGCAGCUCCGGGCUUCGUGGGCACCUUCGAGAAUCCCAAAGGGUUGGACGAAGUCCCAGGGUUCGCCCCGGCCCCGGUCUUGGUUAGCGGCCCCGCAGCAGCGGCCGGCGGAUGGCAGCAGAAGGGCGCAGGUGUUCCCUUCUUGGGCAUGGCGAAUCCACGUCCGCCGUAUGCUCAGCAGCAGCAACAACCAGCACAGGCGCAAGCAUCCCCGCGGUCAAGAACGAAUGGAGUGCCGCCCCAGCGACAGCAGCAGCUGCAGCGGCACCUCUGCAGGGUCAAUCACGACCCUGCCUCCAAGGGUAAAGGCAACAGUCACUCCGCAAAUGGCGCUGGGUCGAGAGCGACAUCGGAGAGCAGCUUGCCCGAGGCCACUGGCCGCCCUGAAGGGGACCUCUUGGGCGACACCGGCACUAUUGAGGGCAAACUCUGCCGACAGGCGGUAGACAAUGCCGAGGGAAAGGAGCGUGAGAAGGCGGCCAGGAAACAGCUCCAAAGCGUGCAGCCACGCAGCAAAGACAAGCCUGGCGGUGUGAAAGGGAUGCAACCAACCAUGCACAAACGUCAGUCUGAGAACGAAUCCUCCGCCGGAGGUGCACAGCAGGAGCAGGGGAAGGGGACACCUAAGUCGAUAAACUCUCAUCACUGCGGGAUCGUGGAGCAUCAAGGAUCACCAAAGCUGUCGCAGGCGGCACCGAAGCCUACGCGCCGCCGCUAUCGCCCCCACAAUAAUUACUUUUACAUGAGAAGACCCAAUGACGUGAACGGAAAUGAUGGCAAGGAGAACGGUGGAGACAACUCCGAUGAGUACAGUAGUGGCAGCGGCAGCGGUGGCAGUUGCAGUAGCUCCUCGCCCGGCUCUGACAGUGACGACGACGACGACGGCGACAGCGAUAGCAGCUACAGCGGUGGCAGCGACACUGACGACGAAGCUGAGUACAGCACGAUGCGGCGGAACUCGCAGAGCGGCAUUGGUGGUCAAAGCACCUUGGAGUACAGCGCUUUCCACGACGCACUGGGAGCGCACGCGCGAAACUUCAUCACCUCUUCAGAAAAUCACUCGGCAGGUCGCCACAGCAUUGGCGGCCUCCUUGGCCCAGGCGUUGGUGGCCGAUUUCUGUACCCGGAAGCGUCGGCAUCGAGCGUGCCAGGUGAUGGGCUGUUAGUCAGCACACUGGGUCAUCCACAGCAAGCAACCAUGCCGGAUGCGGGCGUCCGCUACAAUGUCUUGGGCUCCUUCAGUCUAGCCCGCUGUAUGGCACACGCCCUGUCGGCUAAUGCCGUUUCCACACCCAGCAACUCAGCCACCAUGGCAACAGACUUGGACGACUUGGAUAAGCAAGGCUACGAGAUUGGCACUCUCACAGUGGCAGACACCGUCCUCAAGCAAGCAAACCAGACGCCACCUGUAGGCACCACUGGAGGGACGCUCUCUCGUCGCACGAGCAUACAGCCUAGGACAGCCACAACGCGAACACCCACGAAGAGUACUCCACCGGCGUCCGCCAGAAAAGAGGAAAAGUCACCAACGCGACCCAGACAAGUGGUGGGUGUGCACAAGCCAGUGCCACACCCUUUGGUGGUGCCUGGAACCAGAAGUGGCACUGGCGCCACCAAAGCUGUCUUGAAGACUGCGGAAACGUCAUUACCCAAAGUGCGCUCAGGCACAGAACGAGAGCACCUCAAGGGCAGUGAUGCGCUCGCUAAGCGCUGUGUGACGAAGCGCGUGUCAAAGGACUCUGACAGCAGCACGGCGGUAAGUCUCAAGUGCAAGGGCGAGAGCACCCUUCCUGUGCCCUCGGAUCGUCAGCGCACCGCUUCGGCCACGAAGAACAGGAAGAGCGAAAAAGUGGCGUCGCCGGUCACAAGAGUCGUGUUGGCCACGGCAGCGAAGGAAGCCUCUGCGCACGUCAAUACUAACGCAGCGACUACGACCGCGGCGCCAAAAGGCUCCACCGCCACUGUCGCACCCACCACGCUGGCAGAAACCAAUCCCCGCCCAGCGCCGCCGCUCCCUCUCAUUAGCAGCACGCAGCACGGGUCCAGUGUGCCGACCAACUCCCUGGGGCCUGUGCAAGCACUGAAGUCGCAUGGCAAUCAAGGUGUGACGCCUCCAAACAUCGACAAGGCCAAGGCGGCUGCAACUGUCGUCACAAGUCAGUCAUCCGUAGAGUCUCGCCAGCCUUCAUCGGAGAAAACCCCUAUCGUGGCCCCACACUUCGCAACCGACCAGACACUCCCUACCAACGCUGGCGGUGCGGUGUGGGUGGCGGCCGCUGCUGCUGCCGUGGCGGGCCUUAAGCCUGCAGCGCAACUCUCCCCAUCCUCUCUUCACAGGCCAACCGCCUCGCCUUCUCUGGGCGGUCGCGCAUCCGUGCGCCCCGCAGCGCGGGCCCCCGCAGUCGCCACACCGCCUUUGCCCACCGCCACUAGCAAGAUACCAGCUGACCUGAAGCGCGUCGGAGCAGCAGCAGCGGUCUCCUCUGCGACGCCAUCUGACGCCGCUGUGCCGAUCAUCGACUCAAACGGCAGCCAUCCUCACCGAGUGCCAGCACCGCUGCUGGGCCCUGCCACUGCGAGCGCAGCACCCGCACACCAUCGACCACAGCCGCAGCGGCCCAAGAACGGCGCAUUGAACAAACCUGGCACUGCGAAGAAUGCGCGGGGUACGACGGUCAGUGAGGCGGCCGCAUCAGAAAUGCCGCCAAACAAGAGUGCAGGAUCGGCACCUGAGUCAUCUGUCACUCCUGGUGCCCCAAAGAAACCCAGCACUGUACUGCUGACCAACCUCACACCUGUAAAACCGACUGUCGCCACCGCGACCGCAACAACUUCAUCGGCUGCACGCGGGGCAACGGCCCCUGUAACGGCACGCUCCCCACCUUUGGUAAACGGUACUAGCAUUAGCACUGCUACAGUGGAAGGCCUUGCAACACCAUCCGGCACAGAGACGCCGCUUACCACGGCCAGCUCCGCAGCCGAGCAGCCACCUGCGAACGGUGUAAGCAAGGCAAUUGCUGUGAGCGCCUCUGGGAACUCACUGAAGCACUGCGCCUCGGUGUCUCCUCGAAUGGGCAGCAGCGCCCCUGACUCGCUCACAAAGGACAGGUUGCCGCCAGCCAUGUCUGUGGCUGCGAGUCACGCCAGCAGCACCCCUUCCAGCCACAGCAACCUGCAGUCGGCCAUCAACGGCGAUGACGACGGCGGCGUAUGGCCGGGAGACCCGUUCAAUUACUACGGUUACAGCGAGUCAGACCUCCCUGACUCGAAUAAUCACUACGCCAUAAAUUCGUCGCAGCCGAAGUUGCCGGCUGGCAAUCACGCCGUGCACAAGUACUCGAUGGUAGGAAGUCCACCCGUGUCGCCACUCAUCCCCUCUAGUACCGCAGGCAAGGCUGAUGUAUCCAGCCAUAUUGGCGCGAGGCGGUGGUUGUCAGGUGACGCCGACGUGUUGGAGGAAAUAGGGUACCUAUACUACUAG